UCAUUGAUGACCUCAAAUAACCAGGACACAGCACGCCGCUUGGAAGAUCCCGGCAGCUUUAUUAUUUCCUCUCCGAUUCCUUCGUUUUCACGACAUUCCAUUUAUGCCACCUUUAAAACGUGCGCGCUCGUCCUCUGGAUUGGAAGAGCCCGACGAAGAUGAUGACGGUCGAACCGUGUUAACUGACAGCUCUUUUCAAUCGAGAAAACGCCUUCGCCGCUCUAAUUCUUUGAUAUCUGAGGAAGAAACUGAUAAGAGUGAGGACGAUGGAAUAGGAAGCAUACCAAGUACCUGGCCCCUCGACGACGAAGAUGAGCUUGAAUUACGCGCAACACAGAUUAUCCAGGACAAAUACUCUUUCAGGAGUAACGAGCCCAAUGUUCCCGCCGAACAUGGAAUUCUUGAGCGCGUCGAGUGCUACAAUUUUAUGUGCCACGACCACUUCUACGUGGAGCUAGGGCCGUUGAUAAACUUCAUUGUCGGAAAAAAUGGUAGCGGCAAAAGCGCAAUUCUUACCGCUAUAACACUUUGCCUGGGCGGUAAAGCUUCUGCUACCAACCGUGGACAAAGCUUAAAGAGCUUUAUCAAGGAAGGGAAAGAGAAUGCCAGUAUUAUCGUACGGAUCAAAAACCAGGGUGAGGGCUCCUACAUGCCCGACGAUUAUGGAAAGUCGAUUAUCGUAGAACGACAUUUCUCGAAAAACGGGACCAGUGGUUUUAAGAUCAAAGCCGCAAACGGGCGCAUAGUAUCCACCAAAAAGUCGGAGCUAGACUCUAUCACAGACUAUUUCAACUUACAGAUUGAUAACCCAAUGAACGUACUCUCUCAAGAUAUGGCUCGUCAGUUUCUCAGCUCAUCUAGUGCGGCUGAUAAGUAUAAGUUUUUUGUCAGAGGAGUCCAGCUAGAGCAGCUUGAUCAAGACUAUCGAUUAAUCGAGGAGUUUGUUGAUCAGAUUGAAGAGAAACUGGAGAGCAAAAACGAGGACAUAAAGAUUUUGAGAAAUCGUCGUGAUAUGGCAAAGCAGAAACUAGAUAUAUCCGACAGGCACGAAUAUCUCAGGCAGCGGAUCAGGAAUCUCCGAAGUCAAAUGGCUUGGGCCCAAGUUGAAGAACAGGAAAAGACCAGAGAUGCAUUCGAGCAUGAACUCACCAAGAUGCAAGAGAAGAUAGCAGCUAAGGAAGCAGAAGUCGGUGGAUUCGAUGCUGCAUUCGAGGAGGCCGAGAAUGAAUCUGAGAGUGCAGCUGGAAUUGUCAGGGGAGCUACUGUGGAUCUCCAACGAGUGGAGAAUGAGAAGGGAGACAUCAAAUCCAGGUUAGAUGAGGAAAUGGGCGAACGUCAUGACCUUCAAGCUCAGCAGCGUCAAAUAAGAGAAUAUCUCAAGGCGGCAGAGUUAAGAGUCAAGGAAACACAACAGAAAGUUGCGCAAGAAACUCAAAGACUUUCGGAGCUUAGUGGUGGAAGUUAUUCUCGGAAACAAGAGCAGCUACAACAAGCAGAAAAUGAUGCAUCCAUGGCCCGUCAGCGGUAUGAGGACCAUCAGCGGGAUUCUGAUCUUCUUCACAAAGAGCUCCAAAAGGCCGAAAAUGAGGUAAAGUUAGCCGCAGCACCCAUUGCCAAGAAGAAGGCAGACGUCGAACAAGCCGAAACCCUUUUACGAAAUCUCACAAGAGAUGGGGGUGUGAAGCACUCUGGAUUCCAUGAACGGAUGCCCCUGCUUUUAAGGACGAUUCAACAACAGAAAGGAUCGUUUAGGAGGUCUCCUGUCGGCCCUAUAGGCCACUACGUCAGCUUGCUGAAGCCGGAAUGGUCUUCAAUUUUAGAAAAUUCUCUCGGCACGACAUUGAACAGCUUUGUUGUGACUUCGAAAUCAGACAUGAACAUCCUUUCCAAUAUUAUGCAGAAAGUCAACUGUGUAUGUCCCAUCUUUAUAGGGAGCGAUGGUCGUAUUGAUACAGCGAAACAUGAACCAGACCAUCAUUUUAAUACCGCGUUAAGGGUUCUUCAGAUCGACAAUGAGCUCGUACGUCGACAAUUGAUCAUCAAUCAUGGCAUAGAGCAAAUGUUAUUGAUUGAGAACCUGGAGGAAGCUACUUCCGUACUCUUUGAUAGCCAGCGCCCGAGAAACGUGAAGAGGUGCUAUUGUAUCGACCCAUCGAACAGACGGCGGGGGAUCCACCUUUCCUACAGCCGUUCUGGUGAGCCGAGUCAAGCACCAGUCCCAGCCUUCAAUGGAAGCCCCAGAAUGAAGUCCGAUCUUGCCUCGCAAAUCAGGAUUCAGCGUGACGUGGUGGAGGAUCUACGUCGCGAGCUGCGCAAUCUGGAAGAUCACCUGCGUUCUUCCCGGUCUCAUUUAGAAAGCUGCAAGCAAGCUUUAGUGAGGCACGAUAGAAAAGCCAAAGACCUUAAGGUUGCCCAGCAGAGAAUAGAAGAUCGUACAGAAGAACUUCGAGACGCUCUGGACAAAGAAACUGCGGGGGAUGGGCAUCUUGAAGUACUCCAGGCGGCUCUUCGAGAGGCUGAAGAAGAAAAACGCCUCAAUGAGGGCUCUUAUAAUGACAGUGUCAGGGCUAUGGAUGAAAUUAUGCAAAAAAUGAAAAGAACUGGACAAGAGAUCGCUGCAAAGGAUGAAGAGACCUCGGCUUUAAGGGAGAGUUUACGAAUUGCCCAGAGUGAAGAGCUUAGGGUAUCGGAUAAACGCCGUAAAAUCCUUAGCGAUAAAAAUGCUACGGUCAGGCAGAUUGACGAUCUUAAGCAGGAAAUGGCAGAGAUUGAGCGCAAGAGGGAGCAGAUCAUCAGUCGAAUUGUCGACUAUAGUGAAAAGGCCAGCCUGGUUUCCCCUCGGGUUACGAUUGAUGAAGGUGAAACACCGAGCAGCUUGGAUAAGAAACUUGAUAGAUUUCAUAAAGACCUUCAACGCUUUCAUGAACAGGUGGGAGCCUCUCGAGAUCAAAUUGCAACGGAAGCGAGGGAAACAAAUGCAUCUUACGAACGGGCAAGGAAUCAGGUCUUGGAGCUGGAAACCCUGGCUAAUAUCUUCAAAAAGACGCUCAGUUUUCGCAAACACCGAUGGGUUAUGUUCAGGUCGUAUAUUUCAUGUCGUGCCAAGGCACAAUUUACAUACCUCCUGAGUGAACGCAGUUUCCGUGGUCGAUUGCUUACGGACCAUGAGGGCAAGCUCUUGGAUCUUCAGGUUGAACCUGACAUAACCAAAGAUAGCAGUGCUGGGCGUGGCGCAAAGACCUUGUCCGGUGGCGAGAAGUCUUUCUCGCAGGUCUGUCUUCUGUUGGCCCUGUGGGAAGCCAUGGGCUCGCCAAUCCGCUGUUUGGACGAGUUGUAUGUGUAGUGGAAUUAACUAUUAUGAAGUCUGCUGACAACCAUUUUCAUAGUGAUGUAUAUAUGGACUCUGUCAAUAGAAAGAUGGCCAUUGACAUGCUUAUGCUUGCUGCCAGGCGAUCUAUUGGUCGGCAGUUCAUCCUCAUCACUCCCGGAUCAAGAGCAGAGAUUAGCUUAGCGCCUGACAUCCGGGUGAAAGAGUUGGCGGAGCCUGAACGGGGUCAAGCGACACUGUCAUUUCGGCAGUGAUAGCUUUCUUUGCCCCUUCGCCGGGCAUUCAGCACUGCUGAAAAUCCUCUCUGAAGUGCAACGUUGCCCAGGCAGGAUGCUUCUAUCACGUCAGAUAACUUAACUGCACUUCUGACAAAAAAGAAUGAGGAAUAUGGAGAGCAUUAUCGAACGUCCCCAGAAAUAUUGUAUGAGAUAUAUCUACAGCUGUAAUUAUAUUGUUAUCAUUAUUAUUUAAUGAAAGAGAUGAACUCGU